GUUUUUAUUUAAGAUAAUUUCAUUCGUACUGUAUAAUCAAAAAUGACUAAAGCCAUCACUCUUGCUAUCUUCAUGGUCAUCCUCGUUUUAGGGAUGGUUACAAAGGAAACGCAAGGAGGAGAAGUAAAAAAGUGUUAUUCAUAUAUCAUAACACCGAAAGAAAACUGCGAGGGUUUGGUGUGUGCAUAUGACUGUACUUUGAAGUAUAAUGGAAACGGCGUGUGUUAUAAUACUAAGAGCAAGACAUGCAUCUGCGCUUAUAAUUGCAAAAUUUGAUUUGUCUUCUGAUUUGUAUCACACACACACAAACUAUUAUCAAUCUUGAUAUUUUAAAUUAAUA